AUGAUCAAAUCAGAAACAUCAAAAACUAAAUAUCAACGAAAGAAACAGACUGUUGAACCCAAAUUUGGUCAACGACACGUUCGACCGAGAAAACGUUUACUAUCUGACAAUUAUCUCUAUUGCGACACUUGUCAGGAAUACAAUACUGGCUUGUGUCCAUUAGGAUGCCAAGUUUAUGAAGCUAAUCGACGUGCCAAUCAUGCUAAAGACACUGUACCUAUUGGCAUAAAGAUUUCCACGUCGAAUAUUUCACAUGCUGGACUCGGCGUAUUUGUGUUGAAGAAUUUUCCUAAGAAUACUUUUUUCGGACCAUAUACUGGCGAUCGCCAUCGCUCAGCUGAACGUGCCAAUCAAUCUGGUUAUGUUCGUUUGAAAGCAUGCGCUUGGACUAUUGAAGAUGCGGAAGGUAAUAUUUACAAUUACAUAGACGCAAGAAAUCCAAUUCGAAGUAAUUGGCUUAGAUACGUUAAUUGUCCGAUUCGAAAAGAAGAUGAGAAUCUUAUUGCUGUUCAAUUCAAUGGUGAACUUUAUUAUCAGACAAAACGAGAUGUCAAAGCAGGUGAAGAAUUGUUUGUGUAUUAUGGUGAAGAGUAUGCAAGGGAGCUUGGUAUUGAUGUUUUUCAACAUUCUGAUGAGUCAGAACAAAGGACAAUCUAUCCACCAUCGAUAUCAUUUUCACCGUCCAAUUUAUAG